CACUUCGCUUUCGGCUACAACUCCGGUGACGUCACGGAGUGCCGCGUUUGACAGAAAAGACCGGAAGCGACUCAAACGGCACUCAGCUCAACCCAUCGGCCCGGUUUCAGUGUCGGAAUCAGAGUUAAUCAGAGAGUUUUAGACUUGGGUGGACAACAUAAAAUGUCCAGUGAACCUCCGACUGUGAAUGAUGCAACGGUGAUCCAUCGCCGCAGUUUGCUCGAGGCGGGAGGUCCGAGCAGGUACCCGUACCGCUGUGCAGCCGAGCAGAAUGACCUCAGGGCAAGGGCACGACCUCCAGGCCCUUCUAGCACCAGGCUGGAGACUCAAGCUGCACCAGAUCCUGCACCGGAUGCAGCGCUGGUGGAUGACUGUGAGAGGCUGGGCACUCUGUUUGGAGAGCUGAAUAAGUGCCUACGAAGCAUAGGUUUCACGCAGCUCUACUUUGGAGAGAAGAUUGUGGAGCCUGUGGUGGUCCUGCUCUUUUGGGUGCUCCUUUGGUUCCUCGGUAUCCAGGCCCUUGGGCUUGUGGGAACUCUCUGCAUUGUCAUCAUCUACAUCCAGAAGUAAAGGCCUAGGCAGGACAGGCAUGCAGAUGCACAGACUAACCAAGUGCCAGCCUUGGGGUAAUAGAGAAGGAGAAGGAGAAGGAGAAGGAAAGCCAUUCUUUCUGUCUUGCCCCACACUAACACAGAUCAGCUCAAUGAAUGUCUCCUGAGAGAAUUAUUGUGAAUGGUGUUUUUGGGUCUCUGUCCUUUGACAGCCUAAGAUGACUACAUAUACAUUUAGUGCCUUGCAAAAGUAUUGAAGUGUUUUGCUGUGCGAGUGUUUUGUAGUAUCAAAACCUCUUUACUACAUUUUUUGUUUUUAAUUUUUUUACCUCAUUUCAAAAGGCCAGUUUCUUUUUAUAUUGUAUGAACAUUUCAGGACAGAAGAAAAGGUGUAGAAUUAUUGAAUUAUUUGGAAUAAAAUCUCACACUAACUUAAAAUUAAAGUUUUAAGGUUUAGGAGAUACAAAGUUUGUUUU